GAGUAUUGUUUCCUCAUUUGGUAUACAAGGAUGAAGUUCUGCAGUGGCACAGCAGUGUUCCUUAUUUCAACUCUUCUUUGGACACGAUGCAAGUCCUCUGAAGAAAAAAAGUGGCACGAUGAACUCCUUCAGAAAAGCGGAGACCUCCUGCUUCCCGCCACGAGCGACAAUAUACCCUGGGAAGAACUUAAGAAAAUGAAAAACGCUAGCCGUGUGCGGCUGCCAUCACCAUGCGCAAGUUUAAAAGCAUAUUCAGGAUUCAUUCCUGUGGACGACGGCAAGAAUUCUACGUACUUGUUCUUCUUACACAUCAAGUCACAGGUGAACUCAAAAUUGAAGCCUCUUUUGCUGUGGAUGCAAGGUGGUCCCGGAAAGUCUUCGUUAUUUGGCCAGUUCCUCGAAAACGGUCCUCUGGGAAUGGAUGCGACCGGACACUUGUUCCGCAGAAGGCCAUCCAUCUUGUCGACUUUCAACGUCGUCUAUUUGGACGCACCAGCAGGGUCCGGAUACAGCUUCGAUACCACUGGAACGUACCCCUCCACACUCGAGGAAUCUUCCGUGCACACCAUCCGAUUUCUCAGGAGAUUUCUGCGAAUUUUCCCCGAGUACAAGAACAGGGAGUUCUUCAUCGCUGGAGAAUCGUACGGAGCAAGAUCAGCAAUUGGGUUGGCGCAGAGAGUGCUAUCAAGACCAACGGACCUGCCUUGCCGCUUAAAAGGAGUGAUGCUGGGUGUGGGGUUUGUCUUUCCGCUUUUAGAGAUCAUCAACUCGGCCGAUUAUCUCUACUAUUCGGGCCUGCUAGACAACCAUGGUCGCACUAAGUUCGCACUGCGAUUUCAGGAGAUCCAACACCUUGUCGACGAGCAAAAUCCAAUUGAAGCCGCAAAGUUGCUGUAUCACACAGUCUUCAACAUGCACCCGGCAAGACAUCAAAGCUUGUUCGAAGAACUGACUGGCUUCCAGAGCCACGCAAAUAUCAUAAGGGAUCGGAUGUCGAGAAGGUUCGAGACGUACAUGUCGUACGCAAACAGUACGGAAUUUAAACAAAUUAUUCACGUUUCACCUAAGAGAGCCCUCGACGCCACAAGGUCUCAACUUGCUAUGGCGUUAGCGGUGGGUGACUUCUUCGUUGACAAGAGAGAAACAUUGGUGGAAGUACUCAACAAUGUUGCCGUCCUUUUCUACACAGCACAGCUGGACGCCGUAUUCCCAUCAGUCAAUAUGGAACGUUCAUUUUUGAACUUGAACUGGAGGGGUACUGAGGCGUUCAAGGAAGCUGCUCGAAAACGCUGGUACCACGUAAUAAAUGGCCGUAAAGAACUCAUGGGUUACCAGAAGAUUGCAGACACCGUUAUGUAUACCACCUUGCUCGUUAGUGGCCAUCUUGUAUCAUUCGACCAAUCGGAGGUAGUCAUCGACUUGUACCGCCGGUUUUCAAAAUUUACUGAGAAGUUGCCUAUGGAUGAACCCGGCCAUAAAUGUGGUAACAACACUUUGCCUUGUUGGCCCAUUAGUAUUGUUCUAUGAGUCUUCUUAUCGCAGAAAACAUAAAUGGUGCUUUUGACUAGCUUCAUGUUUGACGUAGUCUUCUUGGGCGCAAUAAAUAUUUUUAUCGGUG